CAGUGAUAAGAAGGCUCACUAAAUGAAUGGAAAUUUGACCAAAGUAACUGGCAAUGCUGGGAUACAUCCCCAAUUCAGUGCCAUGCGAUUCCUAAAAAGGCAAACACGUCGCUUUCGCCUCGCCUGGCAGAGCCUUCUACCCCGCCGAUUUCACCAUUUGAAGCUACAUACUCAAGUUGUUAUGAUAUGCGUCUACGUCACCGUUUUCCUAAAUAUUCUAUACGGAGUCUAUCUCGGACGGUUUUCCUUAAGACGCAAGAAGUUCUUAUUCUCCAAAGUGGUAACCAUUUAUUCCAUUUUUGUGGCCACAAUUUUCGGUACAUGCUACAUUUGGAAUAUUUAUAAAGAACUAUACGCGGGUCAGAUAAGUAGUCGUCACACUAUUGGAAUUUAUUGCUACAUGAACGUCUUCGUUUGCCUAUUUAACUAUGUGACACAAUGGGUGCUCACAGGUCAGAUAAUACGAUUUCAAAAUAAAAUUCCGCUUUUUAAGGUCCUUAACUCGCUGGACAUGUCGGUGAAGAUAGUCUGGAAAGCAGUUACAUUAACUAUACUAAAAAUCUUUAUAUGUCCACUAAUUGGGUACAUAACCCUUAUACUAUAUCAAAAGAGGACCCAACCGGAUUCACAGUGGACAAGUUUGACGACAGUGAGGACGAUGCUGCCACUGAUUGUAUCAAAUCAAAUAAAUAACUGCUUCUUUGGAAGCCUUGUAAUCGCAAAUGCGAUAGUGGCUGCAAUUAACCAAAAGGUUCACGUCAUAGUUAAGGAGGCUAAUAAGAUGCAGUCAUCUGUCCAGAUGGAUUUAAAUAAACCCUAUUAUCGGAUGCGCCGUUUCUGCGAGCUGGCCGACAGAUUAGACGAAUUGGCUGAGAAAUACUGUCUCACUGCAGGCUGCUCAAAGGUGAGUUUUAAUUUAUACAUGUUUAAUGUGAAAGUUUUCAAGUUUUUUUCCUUUUCAAAUAAUACAAUUGCGCACUUUAAAAAUCAAACGGUUUAUAUGUUUCAAUUGUCGAAGAGAUACGUUCGAUUUACGGACUGCUCUAUGGUCCUUUCGAUGCUAAUGAACCUUAUUGGCAUCACUAUGGGAUUCUACAAUCAGUAUCUAGCCAUUGCUGAUUACUAUAUCAAUGAGGAACCUUUCGAUCUUUUUUUGGCAAUAGUUCUAUUGAUAUUUCUGGCUGUUCCCUUUUUGGAACUCGUAAUGGUGGCUCGGAUUAGCAAUCAAACUCUACUGGAGACUAGAAGAACUGGUGAUCUGUUGCAGCGUCUUGACCUCCAGCACACGGACGUUCGUUUUAAGCAAGUGGUAAAUGCUUUUUGGCUACGCGUUGCUAUUAUCGACUAUAAACUGAUGCCUUUGGGUCUCCUGGAACUAAGUACUUCGCUGGUCAAUAAGGUUUUCUCGGCUGUAACUGGCUAUCUCUUGAUUCUCAUUCAAAGUGAUUUGACUUUACGAUUUUCACUUAAAUAGAAAUAAAAACUUUAAUUU